UCUUGGAGGCGAGAGUAAGGGAAUUCCCUAAAUAGGGGUUAGGGCGCCUAGUCAGUUGGUGUAAAUUUUGCCAUAGGCUUAAGAGGACACUGUACCGACAGGAUGUGUGAGGACAGGGUGACUGUCUUUGUACACCCGCCUGCCACUUAUUUUGAUGUCCACUGUCAGUUUUUCCCUUACUCCUGGGGUAAGGGAAUUUUCGGGGCGAUAGUCGGUUCGUGUCCACCAGCGGGGGCGGUGUUGGGUCGGGGUGUACAGGGACAGCCUAUCCGUACCCUUCCGGCCUAAAUUUCGGGAAACGGCCCGUGGCGCCCCCCGGCGGGCGGCGGAGGGCCGGGGGGCCUGACACAACCGCUCUAGCUCUAGCUCUUGACUGCUCUGCAUCCAAACUGUGAGACGACGAAGUGCUGCCGGUUUUCCCAACCAACCAAUUUCUUUUAAAACAGUUUUAAACGAACACGUUUUAAAGCCAUCAUGCCCAUCGAGUCUUGCCCGCUGUGUUACCGCAUGUAUGCUCGGCUCGGCCAGCAUCUUACGGUGAUGCACAACGUCAAGAACAAACUUGAAAAAAAGUACCUGCUGGCGCUGGAAUCGGGCCGAGUGAACGUCCGCCAGGGCCGCUGCCCGGUGCCAGGCUGCAGGAAGGAGACGACCCGCUUGGACCGUCACAUCCAGGCCCACAUCGAGCUGUCCGAGGCGGACAGGGCCAACACCAUCACCGCCUGCAAACAGCGUAAGCUCCUCGACCUCCUGUCCGCGCUGAGGGCGUCCAACCCCGAGGUCCCCAUGGUCUCCACGCUGGACCUGGAGAGGGGGGAGCGCGAGCUGGAAGACCCAACCACCGCUGCCGUUUUGGAGCCCGAGGAGGAGGAGGAGGAGGCGAGGGAGAAGGUUUGCGAGAGCGAAGCCUGCAAGCGCCUGGUCAAGCGCCAGCGUCGCGAGAUCGCCGACCUCAACCAGCAGGUCGACGACCUGACGGAGACCCUGAGGUCCGUCACCCGCAGGUACCGCUCUCUCCGGCGCAAGUCGGAAGCCCGGGGUUCGGCGAGGAUCAAGCAAGUGGCCCGAAGGCUCCUCUCCUCUCUCGGCCCGGAGGAGGAGGAGGAGGAGGAUGAAGAAGUCCCCCGCCGGCCCCGUGCGGGCGCCCACCUGGUUUCGCCGCCGCCGCCGCCGACGCCUUCGCCGACGUCUUCCGAAGAGGGGGCCCCCUCCGCCAGCCAGCCAGGCCCCAGCACCGGGAAGCCCACGAGCCCUCCCCAUUACCCCGACCACGUGGUGGUGCUGAACGAGCUCCUGGAAGAGUACCGCCGUCACCAGGGAGGUCCCGACCCCUCCAGGAAACUUAAAGAGAACGUCAGUGGGAAAAUAUACCGGAUUAAAAAGUUUUUGCCGUUCAUGGCGGAGGGGAAGACCAACCUGGCGAGCCUGGUGUUCCUGAACGAGACGGCCAGGAUUCACAAGUGGAUUUCGUCUCUAAAGCAAUCACACGUCAAGGAAACGACGGUGAAACACUAUGCCCAGAACGUGGCCCAGUUUGUGGACUACCUGGCCGAAACUCCCCCCUCCACGUGCCGACUCACAAAGACCGUCAUGAUCGCGCUUCGGCGCGAGAUGCGGCGGAUCUUGAAGUCGAUGCGGAGGGGCGUGGUGGCGCACCAGGCGGCGGUCAAAGCCUCCAAGGAGGAGAGGGUGAUUUCUAAGUCGACGCUGAGGAAGUGCCGUGAGCUCUCCAAGGAGGCCAUCCCCAAGCUUCUGGCCACCCUGGAGAGCGCUCCCAACGCCAAAAACCUUUGGCGUUUUUACGGGCACUUCUCAGCUUUCCUCGCCUCCAUCUACGGCCACCGAGGGGGGGUCUAUCAGAACAUGACGAUCCAGGAGGUGGAGGGGGCAAGGAAGUCGACUUCGGAGAAGUCGUUCGUCGUAAACAUCGAGAGCCACAAGACGAAUCAGGCCUACGGGCCUGCCCAGGUGGCGCUCCUGGAGGACGAAUAUGAGUGGACGAGGCGUUUUCUGGCGCUGAGGAGCAAGCUGCCGGGGGGGAAGACGGCCAAAUAUUUCUUCUUUACCUCCACGCCGAAUCCCUGCAAAAACUUGAACAGUUAUUUUCAGGAGGCGUGGAGGGAGAUGAAGCUGCCCGGCUGUCUGACCUUCACGGACCUAAGAACCUCCAUCGCCAGCCACGCCAAGAACACUCAUGGGGAGGACGACCGGAUCAAGUUGGCCAAGUUCAUGUGCCACGACGUCCGGACGGCCGACAAGUUCUACGCCAUGAACUUGUCAGCAAAGCAGGCGCUGGAGCACCGGAGGCUGUUCGAGCAGGCGCUGGAGGGUGCGGACCUCAGUCCGAUCCAGCCGGUGGGUCCCUCCUCUUCCGCCAGCCAGCGGAAGGCAUCGACGCCCCGACGCCGCAUCCUCGUGGUGUCGUCCAGCUCCUCCACCUCCGCCUCCGCCUCCUCCUCGUCCUCCUCCUCGUCCUCCUCUCCAGAGGCUCCCGCCCAGUCCACCUCAGACUCGAGCCAGGGCGCAUCCGCCGUGGAAGAGACAGCCGGCCCCGCCGCGCCUGCCAGCCCCGCCGCGCCUGACACCCCCGCCGCUCCUGACACCCCCGCCGCUCCUGACACCCCCGCCGCCCCUGCCGCCACCACCACCGCCGCCGCCACCAGCCUCCUGAUGCGUCGGGCCAGAAGGGGGAACCCGACGGUCAGGCUGACACCGCUAAAGUCCUGCCUCAAGCGAAAAUUCAGAUCCGAACAGCUUUCGCCGCUGAAGGUAAAGAAGGUGGUGGUGACGAAGGGGGCCACUCUGCAGGGGAUGUUCAGAAACCCUAAGGGCGACCGGCGGAUCAAGAGAGCCAUAGAGAAGCGGCGAAAGGAGAAGAGGGUCUGGGACAAAAAGAGGAAAAAGCAAAAGAAGGACCGCGCCUAAACCACGAAAAGAAAUAACUUUUUUUUUUUUUAAUUCUUCAUUUAUUGCUAUUUUCUUAGUGUGUGUUUGAAAAUCUCUUUUAAUAAAUAUAAUUGUGUGUU